AUGAGUGUGGCCACGACGCGCUCGCAGCUGCGCAUCGCCAUCGGCCUCUCCGGCGGUGUCGACAGCGCCGUCACCGCCCUCGUGCUGCAACGUUGUGUUCACACCACACUCGACGUCGCUGCGCUUCACUGCUUUGGCGGUCCACACGCUCCACCUCCGCCACUGCCCGCACUACAAGCGGCGGUUGACGCACACGUACCGCUCCACAAGUUGCUCGGCAAGCUAGUCACCGCAGGCGGACCGGGCAUUGCGACUGCAGGCUACGCUGCUGUUCCUGUGCAGUACACCCCAUUUUUCAUGCGAAACUGGCACGAUGACAACACGGCCUCUGGAUGGUGUGUGCGAGCCCAGGUCGACUACGACGAUGCGCAGCAGGUGGCAAGGGCGCUAGACCUCCUUCCGCACGACGGCACGCCUCUGCCGUUGUACGACUUCUCCAGCGAGUACGUUGAACAGUGCUUUGAGCGCAUGCUCGCUGCCUACGCCGUAGGCCACACGCUCAACGUGGACGUGCUGUGCAACAGUAAGAUCAAAUUUGGCGCCCUGACGCGUGCGCUGCGUCGCACGAGAUCGGUGUUCAGUGAAACACUCCUCGCCACCGGUCACUACGCACGCACGUGGCACCUUCCGCGCGGUGUCCACAGUGGUGAGGAUGCUAAGAGACGACCGGUGCUGCUCGUGCGGCCGUGCUCUGCGGGGCGGGACCUCAACGAUCAGACCGUCUUUCUAUCCCGGGUGCCGCCAUCUGCCCUGGCCAGGGCAAUUUUCCCUCUCGGGCACCUCUUCACCUGCAAGGCGGAUGUGCGUGCACUGGCGAGGCACAGCUUCGGGCACGGCAGUGGCACGGCAGCGGUGGCGAGCUCAGAUGGGGCGCCGCAGCGUUCGGUGGCGCACAUCUCCCAAAAGAAGACCAGCACGGGUAUCUGCUUCGUCGGACCGCCCUCCGCUGCCGCGUGCGCCGGCGAUACAUCGUCUAGCUCGCGCUUCCCUCCCUUCUUGAACGAGUACCUCCCGCCCCCGCCACCGCCACCCUUGUCAUCGACCCGUACGGUGUUCUGCGACGCGGUGACGGGGGAAGAGCUGUUCGUGCCUGAAGACACAGCUAAGCACUUCUCCAGCGCGCCAUCGCAGUCCAUCGCGUGCCCUCUACGUCGUCGUCCCACGCUUGGUGCCCUCCGGGCAGACUACCCGGGCCUCCUGCCAGCCUACGCCUUUACUCUCGGCCAGCGUGUGCGUCUCUGCCGCCGCACUGUUGGCGGGCGAGUGCGCGAGGCGGCCUACUACGUUGCUGACAAGGUGCUGGCACCUCUGCCGUCGUCAGCGUUGAGUGACAACAAAACCGUGCCUGUACGUCUGCUGGCAGAGGUGCGGGUGGUUGCCCAAUGGAACAACGCGCUGCUGUACACCUCUCAAGCUACGGUCGAGUCGCUGCACUGGUGGCUACCCCCACCAGUGCUGCAUCAGCGCGCUGUGGCCUACCAUGAACGUAGCGUGUAUGAACUGCGGUGUCAUUGCUGCACGCGACACCAAGAAGCGCUGCAACCAGCAACAGUGGAGUGGGAAGCAGCGGACGAAGAGCUCAGCGCGGAUGCGGAGGUGCGCGUUCGGCGUGCUCGCGUACACUUCAAUGCUCCUCUUCGCACCGUUACGCCCGGGCAGGCGCUCGUGGCAUACAUGCCCCUCUUGGAGCUCGAAGAAGGGUGGAAGAAGGGCCGUGACGCCUCUCGCGGUGAUGCGGAACCGUCGCCGCCUGAGGCAAUGGCUGUGAUCGGGUCUGGCUGGAUUGUGUCGCCUGACUCCCCGCCGCCUUGA